UAGAGGGUUUAAAUUGAUUCUUUCUGGAGAAUUAGAUGGUCUUCCCGAACAAUCCUUUUAUUUGGUAGGUAAUAUUGAUGAAGCUACUGCGAAGGCUACGAACUUAGAAAUGGAGAGCAAAUUGAAGAAAUGACUUUAAAUCUUUGUGUAUUAACCCCCAAUCGAAUUGUUUGGGAUUCAGAAGUGAGGGAAAUUAUUUUAUCUACUAAUAGUGGACAAAUUGGAGUAUUACCAAAUCAUGCACCUAUUGCCACAGCUAUAGAUAUAGGUAUUUUGAGAAUCCGCCUUAACGACCGAUGGUUAACAAUGGCUCUAAUGGGAGGUUUUGCUAGAAUAGGCAAUAAUGAAAUCAUUGUUUUAGUAAAUGAUGCAGAGAGGGGUAGUGACAUUGAUCCGCAAGAAGCACAACAAACUCUUGAACUAGCAGAAGCUAACUUGAAUAAGGCUAAGGGCAAGAGACAAACAAUUGAGGCAAAUCUAGUUCUCCGACGAGCUAGAACACGAGUAGAGGCUAUCAAUAUGAUUUCGUAACAAGUUGGUGUGUCCUAAUAAUUACAAAUUCUAAAUU